GACACGGAGAAGGACCUCCGUCCUCAAAGUAUAUAACGUCAACGGGCAACUCAACCCUGUGGCAUCAACCGUCCUACAUUAACUUCACAAUUCGAAAUCAUGUCUCAAAAUCAAGAAUUCAGCGAAGGUUUCAAAAAGGGCCUCAAAGUCCGAGGCGAAGUUCUCGGCGAAGAAUACGUCUCCAAAGCAGUCGCAAGUCUCGAAAACGAAUACUGGAAACCCGCACAAGAACUCAUCACAGAAUAUGCCUGGGGUAAUGUGUGGACUCGACCUGGUCUCGAUAGAAAGCAGAGAAGUCUUCUUACAUUGGCAUUCUUGACAGCUCAAAAGGCAUGGCCCGAAUUGACGUUGCAUACCAAGGGAGCUAUGCGGAACGGUUUGACUGAGAUUGAGAUUCGAGAGGCUGUUUUGCAAUCUAUGAUUUAUCUUGGUGCUCCUGUUGGGCUGGAGGCUAUGAGGGUUACGGAGAAGGCUAUCAACGAGUUUAAGGCGCAGAGCGGAGGUGAAUCUAGUGGCUCAAAGGAUUGAAUAAUGCAAUAACCCUCAGUAAAUUCAAUCGGGUUAUAUCCAUUCACCCUGGGAUAGUCGAACUGACUCAAUCAUAUCAAUGAGGCGAUGACUUCCCUUGUUCCAUGCGGGUUAACGGAAGAAGCACGUGUUCGACCCCACCAGAUGCCAUCACCUUAUUUACCCCUCCUCAUACUUGAACAUCAUACUCGUAUCAUAC